AUGCCGCAGGAAGACGGUGGAGAAGAGAAGAUCUAUGAUAGCCAUGGGUUUAACGGCACUUUGGAUCUUGUGGACGCCGACCGAAUCCCCAGGGCACAAAGACGGUUAAUGCAUGUCAUUGUGCACCAUGUAAGAGUAGGACGAUGGCGAUCUGGGAUGGUGGGAGAGACUUGGUAUACAGCUGCCAAAUGCCAGUAUGCCAUGCACUCCUCAACACCCAGCUCUUAUUGCAUACCUCCGCGUGCUACAGUUGUCAUGAUGAAACGCAAUCUAGCACAAAGUUCAUGCUAUGAGCCGCCGGCGAGGAUAUCCAUCCCGGAUCCGACGCGAAAAGGAACCCUUCACGGUUGGACUAUUGAUAUGUUUCUGUCUUCGAGAAAACUUCCGCGAUAA